CAGGUAAAAGGUUAGAUUCUUCUGCUUGUAGAGGAAGGGUGAGACAAGAUUAGUAGUAGGAAGUCAUUGUGGGUUAAUCUCGCUGGAGGAAAGGUUUGAACACGUUCACAAUGGAGCUCAUCUCACUUCUUCUAUCUGUUCUCGUCAUCCUGUUUCUGGCCUAUGUGAUCAAGAAUCAGAAAAAGUACAAGUACAGCAAUUUUCCUCCUGGGCCUAAACCUUUACCAAUUAUUGGAAACUUGCACACAAUCAGCUCACUGAAACCUCAAAAGUCAUUUAUGGAGUUAUCCAAGAAGUAUGGCACAGUAUUCAGCGUACAGUUGGGCACAGAAAAGAUGGUUAUCCUGUGUGGUUACGACACAGUGAAAGAUGCUCUUAUCAACCAUGCUGAAGAAUUGGCUGGAAGACCUGUUACUGCCAUAGGUUCUAGGACAUCACGUGGAAAUGGCAUUUUAUUUUCAAAUGGAGAGAACUGGAAAGUAAUGAGGAGAUUCACUCUGUCAACAUUACGAGACUUUGGAAUGGGGAAAAAGAGUUUAGAAAACAAGAUAAUUGAAGAAUGUGAAAGCUUAAUGCAGAAAUUUAGGUCUUAUGGAGGAAAACCCUUUAUUAAUCAAACCGUCAUAAAUGCUGCAGUGGCCAACAUAAUUGUGUCCAUAUUGAUGGAUCAGAGAUUUGAUUAUGAUGAUCCUACAAUACUGAAGCUCAUGAGAUUAAUCAAUGAAAAUGUCAGGAUUGCAGGAAGCACUAUGAUCAGGCUGUACAACAGUUAUCCGUGGCUCAUCAAAUGGCUACCCGGGGCCCAUAGAAAGAUCUUUAAAAGCCUCAAAGAGAUGCGAAACUUUGUAACAGAAACAUUCACAAGAAAAGAGAAAGAACUAGAUAUAAACAAUCAGAGGAACCUCAUCGAUGCCUUCCUUGCUAAACAAAAAGAGGGAAAACCAGAAUCUACAUUGUAUUACCAUAAUGAAAAUCUAAACGUGCUGGUCAGUAACCUGUUCGCUGCUGGGAUGGAGACCACCUCAACCACUCUGCGCUGGGGUAUACUUCUUAUGAUGAAAUAUCCUGACAUCCAAACAAAAGUGCAAAGUGAAAUAGAAAAUGUUAUUGGAUCUGCUCAACCUCAAGUAGAACAUAGGAAGAAAAUGCCAUAUACUGACUCUGUCAUUCAUGAAAUUCAAAGAUAUGGUGACAUUGUACCCGGAAGUCUCCCACAUGCCACUACCAGGGACAUGACAUUCAGGGGCUAUUUUCUUCCAAAGGGCACCAUCGUCAUCCCAUUGCUGCACUCUGUUCUGAGAGAUAAAGCUUACUUUGAGAAGCCAGAAGAGUUUUAUCCUGAACACUUUCUUGACUCAGAUGGAAAGUUCAAGAAGAAUGAAGCCUUUAUCCCUUUCUCAUUAGGUAAAAGAAGUUGUGCUGGAGAGAACUUGGCAAACAUGGAGCUCUUCCUGUUCUUCACUUCCCUACUGCAGAACUUCACAUUCCAGGCCCCUCCUGGUGCAGAUCUGGACCUAAACCCUGCCCCAGGGUUCACUAAUGCCCCUUUACCCCAUGAAAUCUGUGCAAUCCCUCGUAAUGAUACAUAUUUACCUAGUUAAGUGAACUUCAAACAGUUGUCUUCUGCUGGCCUAAGGCAACACACCUGCAUAGUUUUGCAAUGCUUGGACAGUCCAUAACCUACAGAAGGAGCUACAUCUUAGUAAUAGUAGCUCUCUGCUCCUGCCCUAACUCAUGACUCAGAACGGGACUUUUAUUUGGACAUUUGAUCACAGCUGUUAAUCUCAAAACAAUUAUCUUCCCAGGCCUCCAGUUGAUGUUGCAUGCCAUGAGUGUUAUCACUGAAAUCUCUCUAGUUUAGUGCCCCCAUAGGUAGACCAUGGUAUGGUCUAAGGAAGUCUCUGACAUUUUAAUCUUUAAUCAUGUACGGAGCAGAACAACAAAUAAACAGCGGUGCCCGAUCACAUUGCAGCCAUUGACCUCCCUUAGUUGUGGUAUCCCUUUAUCACGCUCCCUCUCCAGCGUGAAACCCUGAUUCCCCGCUACCCUUGAUCACCAUGGUAGGCGCAGAAAAGAACAUCUAAGGUUGAUAGAAAAGAUAUCCAAUUGGAUCGUGGACGUCACAUUGACGUGCUAUCAGGCAGAAGUUACCUAGAGUCAACAAAGCGGCAGCAGGGCCUCUCCUGUCUAACGUUUCCUAAUCCAAAUACCACAGUGACAUUCACUGUAAUUUUUAAGUAAUCAUUCCAAUAAUAGGGCAUCUUA